GCCCGGCUGUGCUCACGCGAGAUCUCCAAGCUCACCCUCUGUCUGAGUGAGUGCGGGCCUCGGAGUAGGAGCAAUGGCGGCGGAGCGACCGAUUCCUCAACUGAUGGAAAGCUUCAAGCCGGCCGGUGCCGGGGACAACUCCACCGGCAACGGGGCUGUACAAAAGAUCAUCGAAGGAAAUAGUGAACUCUUCACGGACACUCACUGCAAAGUGUGUAACGCUGUGCUGAUUUCAGAGUCCCAGAGACUAGCACAUUACCAGAGCAAGAAACAUGCUAAUAAAGUACGUCGCUAUGAGGAGCUCCAUCAAGAUGGUGAACCAGUUGCCAAAAUAAUAAAAAAGGAUUCCACUGACAGCAGCAAUGGAGAAGUGGAUCGAAAUAAGUAUUGUCCACUGUGUAAUAUGACCUUUACAUCACCAGUUGUUGCCCAGUCGCAUUACCAGGGAAAAAACCAUGCAAAAACUCUGAAACUGAAGCAGAAGCAAGAUGAAACUACCCCAGCAUCCUCUGCAGCUGCCCCUAAGGCAAAGAAAGAAAUUGCCCCAACUUCUGCUGUGCAGUCCAAUGUUGAACCUGGGAGCAAUGACCCUGACAAGUACUGUAGCCUGUGUCAAGCUUUUUUUAACCAUCCUGCUAUUGCCAAACAACACUAUGUGGGCAAAAGACACAAGAAACGUGAGACAAAAGCAAAGUUGUUGGAACAACUGGGACAAGCUGGUAAUAACUCUGCUGCUGCUAAAGGCUACCCCUGUAACACCUGUAACAUUGUUCUGAACUCAAUAGAACAGUAUCAGGCACACAUCCAGGGAACCAAACACCAGAACCAGUUGAAACCUAACGAAUUUACUGCAGAAGAUGAUGAAGGGGGCUUUGAACUUUUUGAAGAUGAUGUCAUUUAACAAUAUUGGCAUGGUGCUCUCCUUGUCAGUGAAUGUUACUCAGUCAGUGUGGAGGCCUAUUGGCCCAUGUUCAUGUUUGGAUCUGCAUACUGUUCUGCAAAACACUUCUACUGAUACAACAGCCCAUAAUUCUGAGCUCUAGGGCCCAAUGUGUUUUGUUUUCAAUUUUUAAGUUUGUGCAAAUAGCUGAAAGGACAGAGUAAAACAACUAUGUUUAGAGCAGUAAGUGGUGCUUUUCAUCAUUUGUUUAACUAUGGACAUGCCUACCUGGCUCAGUACAUUGGUAACUGAACCGAGAAACUUGCACCCCUGUCUCUUACUACUGUUUGAUUCUUAAACUCAGCAGUUAAAUUGGUAGAUUCUUUAGGGAAUGACAGGAAACUUUGAUACAGAUGAACAAUUGCAUAUAUUUGCCACAUAACUAGUUUGGUAGCCUUUGAAUUGCAGCCUAGAUAAGAUGAGAAACAUCACUUGUAAAUCAUUGCACAGAUGUCCCGUAAUCUGAUUGUUGACCUUACACUAACCCUUUUAAAUGAGAUAACAUUGACAGCUUUUUACGGUGUCUCUGCAACAUGAAUUUUAGCUGGUUGAUCUUUGCCUGCUCGGGGAAGCACUGAAUUGUGAUUGAGAUGCAGACUUUUUAAUACAUGGGACUAAGCCUGAAUAUUCCCUGUUCCACUUAUUCAGAAAUUGCUAAUGCAGAUGCGAUGAAUAUGAUUGCAGCAUAAAUUCUGCCCUAGAAAUCUCUGAUUUGCGUCCCGUAUCUGUCUCAUUGCUGAAUUUGAUUAUUGAAUGGCCAUUCUGGACUGGUGUGACUGGUAAUAAGCAUAUCACACAAAAAUAAUAAUUGUACCUAAAACUUUAAGCAACCUUUACAAACUGAUACCCCACAUGUUAAAAAAAUAAUGUUAGUUUGUUUUAUGAUACAAUGGAAAAUGGUUCAGCGAAGCAUUUUGUAAGGUGUGUGGCAACUGUCUGGAAAGGCACCUGGCACUUACCGUAACAUUUAAUGGAUAAUUAGUGACGUUUAUUACUAGUUCCUAAUGCUUCGAAUUUUAUUUGGAUAGGCCAAUUUGUUGUAAACAGAAACAAAGGCUGCAGUUCAAAACUUGUUUUUACCUUGUUUGUUAAUAAAUUGGGUUUACUUUGAUGCCCCUCCAAGAUUUUCCCCCACCCCAACAAUUCUUUAAAUUGCAGGUUGCCCCUAAGUCAAACUGAAUGCUGCAUACAUUUCAGUCUUGAACAUCCUUUGAGUGUGGGUGACUUAUUGGGAAAAUAGGGAGAAACCUAGAGGUUAAUACAUGUGCAACAAAUGUUAAUGUUUAGAAUACCAUAAAACAAAAGUAUGUUUGGUGUGUUCUGGCACUAUAUUUUAUUGUGUAUGUUUGUGCAUUUUCUUUUUUUAGAAAAAAAUAACAACGUGUGUUGAGGAACAUAAGGGAAACUGCUUUAAUUGUCAUUGUGACCGAAAAUAACUGUACUGAACUGAACUGUGUGCAGACCUCAUGCAAGGAUGGACCCAGGAGCUCAGCGCACUCUUCCACACUUCUGUAGUUUGAGUGUCUGUUUUAAACUGUCUUUAUUUUGCCUUUGCUUCAACUACAUACUUAGUUAGACCGCACAAGAUUUGUUGAAAAAUCUGUGACCCUUGACAAUUUUUGUACUUUUACUCUCCUCGUGCACAAUAAAUGUAGAAUUAGUUUCCCUA